AUGCCUCCUUCUAACUUCGUCACCACAGGCCAAUACCGUAAUUUAAGAGCCUGUAUGGUUUGUUCGAUUGUUCAAACUCAGCAGAGAUUUGUCAAAGAAGGAUGUCCAAACUGCGAAGACAUGCUCCAUUAUCGUGGGCAGGCUGAUCUGAUUGAGGACUGCACCUCCCCUGUGUUCGAAGGACUGAUCUCUAUGCGAGAGCCGACAAAGUCAUGGGUAGCAAAGUGGCAGAGAGUCGACACGUUUGUCAAGGGCAUGUACGCGGUGAAAGUCAGCGGAAAUCUCCCAGAAGAAGUCAUCCAAAUGCUCGCCGAUAAUGACAUCGAGUACCGACCGCGUGACGGCAGUGACAGUGCCAGGGAAUAA